AUGGCCCUGAUGGUGGUGUUAUCAUUGCUGAUCAGCCUUUUUGCUCUCCUAGCCCCUAUCGUCCUUUUUAUGACUGCUUGCAUCUAUCUCUGGGAGCUUCGAUGGAAUCUAAAGCGAGACAAGAACUGGGAGCUCCCUCUCCCUCCAGGAUCCAUGGGGCUUCCAAUUGUUGGUGAAACAUUCCACUGGCUCCUGCAGGGCUCUAACUUCCAUGCCUCCAGAAGGAAGCAACAUGGUAAUGUGUUCAAGACACACUUGCUUGGGCAGCCGGUGGUGCGCGUCACUGGUGCGGAACAUUUGCAUCGACUGCUGCUUGAAGAGCACAAUUUAGUUGGUGUCAACUGGCCACAGAGUGUCCAAGCCAUCCUGGGGCCCACCAGCCUGGCAAACUCCAUCGGGGACAUCCACCAGCACAAAAGAAAGGUCUAUGCAAAAGUUUUCAGCCAUUCUGCUUUAGAGAGUUACAUGCCAUGGAUCAAGCAGGUGGUGGCAGAAACAGUGAGGGACUGGUGUGCCAGGGAACGCCCUGUCACAGUGUACCCAGAGACUAAGAAGCUCAUGUUCCGAAUAGCUGUGGUGGUUCUGCUGGGAUCCUUGCCAGACGAGGAGGAGGUGGUCAACUUGUUCACUAUCUUUGAGCAACUUACCAAAAACAUUUUCUCACUGCCCCUGGACAUCCCAGGCAGUGGCUACAGAAAGGGUAUACAGGCUCGAGACAGGCUGCAUGAGUACUUUGAAAAGACCAUUCUGGAUAUGCUUCAGUCUAGUCCUGAAUAUUCAACUGCCCUUGGUAUCCUAAUAAAGAGCAGCAAAGAUCGCGGGACGAUGAUGACCAUGCAGGAACUGAAGGAGGCCAUGGUGGAGCUGAUGUUUGCUGCCUAUGCCACCACCGCCAGUGCCUGCACUUCUCUCAUCCUGCAGCUGACGAAGAACCCAGAUGUCCUUGACAAAUUGAGGGUGGAACUCCAGACCAAGGGAUUCUGGCCUGAAAGCACCACAAAGGAGAACUUGCUGCAUCUAAGCGAUAUCACCCAUCUGCAGUACCUGGACGGUGUAAUAAAGGAGGUGCUGAGGCUGCUGCCACCUGUAUCUGGAGUAUAUCGGAUGGCACUCCAGACCUUCAAGCUAGGCGGCUUUCAGAUCCCCAAAGGAUGGAGUGUGAUGUACAGCAUACGAGACACACAUGACACUGCCCCUAUAUUUCAACAUCCCGAAAUAUUUGAUCCAGACAGAUUUGCCAAUGAUCAAAUGAAGGAAAAGAAUGCACGCUUUCAGUACCUUCCAUUUGGAGGUGGUGUUAGACGCUGCCUUGGCAAAGAGCUUGCCAAACUCAUCCUCAAAAUUCUUGCUAUUGAGUUGGCCAGAAUCAGUCAUUGGGAACUAAUGACCAAAACUUUCCCCAAGAUGUUGCUGGUGCCAGUUGUUCACCCAGCUGAUGGACUAAAAGUGCAGUUUUCAUGCUCAGCG